GAGUGCGCCGGGGCCAAUGGGAGCGGAGCGGAGCUCAGCCUGUGCCGCGCCGGGAGCAGCCGCUGUAUGCGUGGCCGGGCUGGCCGUGCGCUUGGACGGACAGGGAAGCUGACCCAGCCCUGUGGCCCCGGUGGGUCCCCGUGUGCCCGUGGCUGGCAGCCCCAGUGCCCCAGGUGCUCGGGUAGGACCCUGGAGCCCAGCCCCAAGGCAGGUGUCCGUGGGUGUCCCCACUGUGUCGCCUCCAGCACCUGCUGGCUUGGGUGCCCCCAGCAGCAUUAGGACCAACGCGAGUAGCUGCUCCCGUGUGUGAAGUGUGACCUGGGCUUUGAGGUUUUAUUGGUCCUUGAGUAGUGCUUGGCUGUGCUCCUCCUGAGUGCUCCCUAGGAAAGCGACGAUGAUCACAUUCAUGAACAACUCGGACAGCGAGGAGGAGCCCUGCAAUGAGAGAACAUCCCUGAUGUCUGCAGAGAGCCCUUCAGUACCCUCCUACCAGGAUGGCCUGCAAGCCUCAGAAGCAGGGGAAGCGCAGGCACAUAGGAAGAGACGAACAGGUAGCAGCCGUAGCCCUAACAAUAUUGCUGAUGGGGACAUGUCUGACUCGGGUGUUCCAGUGAGAGAAAGCACCUUGGAAAAUGAAGAGGAGGAACUGACUCUGAAAUAUGGAGCAAAGCAUGUAAUCAUGCUCUUUGUGCCUGUCACCCUUUGUAUGAUUGUUGUCGUCGCCACCAUAAAGUCAGUGCGCUUCUAUACGGAGAAAAACGGGCAGCUGAUCUAUACCCCUUUCAGUGAGGACACCCCGUCUGUGGGCCAGCGUCUCUUGAACUCGGUGUUGAACACCAUCAUAAUGAUCAGCGUCAUCGUUGUAAUGACUGUGUUCUUAGUUCUGCUCUAUAAGUACCGCUGUUACAAGUUCAUCCAUGGCUGGCUGAUCCUGUCCUCUUUGAUGCUGCUUUUCCUCUUUACCUACAUAUAUCUCGGUGAAGUAUUGAAGACGUACAAUGUGGCCAUGGAUUACCCAACUCUGUUCUUAGUCAUCUGGAAUUUUGGAGCUGUUGGAAUGAUUUGCAUCCACUGGAAAGGUCCCUUGCAGCUUCAGCAAGCGUAUCUCAUUAUGAUCAGUGCUCUAAUGGCACUGGUUUUCAUUAAAUAUCUACCUGAGUGGUCAGCAUGGGUGAUUCUAGGUGCAAUCUCCAUCUAUGAUCUGAUGGCUGUUCUCUGUCCCAAGGGGCCACUGAGAAUGCUGGUAGAAACUGCACAGGAGAGAAAUGAGCCCAUUUUUCCUGCAUUAAUAUAUUCCUCUGCUAUGAUGUGGACAGUUGGAAUGGCAAAGCCAGACACAGCUGCAAGAGGACCAAGUCAGCAGACGUGGGAUGCAGCUGAGGAUGGGAGAGAGAACCACAGGAGCCCUUCACACGGAGACUCUCAGAUGUCGGAGACGAGGAGUCCUGUUCCAACCCGCCCCAUCACCUCUUUAGAGGAGCUUGAGGAGGAGGAAAGGGGUGUGAAGCUGGGCCUUGGAGACUUCAUAUUUUACAGUGUGCUUGUUGGGAAAGCAGCUGCCACAGCUAGUGGAGACUGGAAUACUACGCUGGCCUGCUUUGUAGCCAUUCUCAUAGGUUUAUGCUUAACUCUUUUAUUACUGGCUGUUUUUAAGAAAGCAUUGCCUGCUCUUCCCAUCUCCAUCACCUUUGGCUUGGUCUUUUACUUCUCGACAGACAACCUUGUGCGACCAUUCAUGGACACCCUGGCCUCCCACCAGCUGUAUAUUUAGAAGAAGUGGGAGUUAGAGGAUUGUUUUUAAAGCUUUGCUGUGAUGUAUGGUACACUGUUUGGAAUAAGUCAUAAAGUUUUACACUUAGUGCCAUAUAUUUGUAAGGAAAACACUAACUCUGUGACAUGAUGUGUACUAAAAAAAAUCUAAUAGUUACAUGUUGAACUGAGAUUUUUCACAAGACUCUUGGACUCCAGUGAAAAGCCUGGCUCAUUGCUGAUGCCAGAGCAUUACUUUUAUGUUAUUUGAUGUGCACACUGGCUGUUGUGAGUGCAGAAACCUGUAUAUAGCAUGGGACACGGGAGAGGUGAAGGGUCUGAUCUGUGCUUCCAGAAGCUAAGGUGUUUUAGCCCUGGAAUUGCAGUUAAGUUUAACUGUACGCUAGAAUUUCUAAUGCUUCACACUUUUGAAGUGUUGUGCAAACAUGCAGUGCAAGUAAGUUAUACUUGUAAUUAGAAAAGCAUAGCAGUCAGCAUGCAUAGAACAGAGCAGUGUGUUACACCUGGUUGUGAGUAUUAGAGAAGCGAGGCUGAACUUCAUAAGCUGGCCUCUGUGCACACAACUUCUGGUGAAAUUGCCCAAAUGCUUAUUUAUUCUGACCUUACACAUAGUGAGCCGUGACGGAUCUAGACAGGGUGUCAGUGGUGGGACAUUUAAACAUCAGGCUUCUGGUUCUGAGCACAUCCACCGCUGGAGCUAACAGCUGAUGAAGGCAGGGCUGCCUGUUCCAGUGCGUCAGAUCCUCAGCGUGGGGAAAAAAAAAAAUAGUUUUUCCUGUCUCCUUCCAGCAUUUUAUCUUUUUGGAAAUCUUUUUCUGGGUCCAUACUACAAUCUUCAAAUUACUGUAAGGUGGAAAUUACUGCACAACUCCAGUAAAUCAGACCUGUAACUUCUUGUGUGUAUUUCUGGUCUCAUUUCUGUGCAUUGUUGUAACUACUCCAAAGGAGGAUUUACCUUCCCUUUAUGAAGAGGUCUUCUUACAGUGAUUGAGACUUGGCUUACCUAGGUUUUGGUACUGUUUAAAGAUUAUUUUUUUAUUACAAAUUUUAAAAUAGCUAUUUACUGUCAAAGGGACUCUUUUGGAAAUACCCUGUCAUAGUUUGUAUCAAAAUAUGGGGGUGCAAACUUUAAUCUGCUGUUACAUUACUCUGCAUAAAGCAUCAUUAAUGCUAGGAAUGUUUACACACCCUCAAGUGAGUUCAUUUAAAAAAAAAAAAAUCAGUGCUUGUUGCCAGUAAAAAAUACAGGUCUGACUGAUAUGAACCUUACUGUUUUCACCACCUUUUGAAAUAAUUUUAUUUCUACUUUGAGAGUCUUUUUUUAGAAAUAGCAAAGUUCUGUGAUUUUUUUUAAU